UAAUGAUUUCGCUCCUAGAUGGCGACAUUAGUUAUCAUUAAAAAGAAGUGCUACCACUACAGAUUUCUGCGUUCUAAAAAGAAUUCCUUAAAAAUCGAUCGUUGUAAAAGUAAAAAUACUGCAAAAUCAGCGGAAACACAAUCAAGAUGCAGAAAACUACUCAAAAUAUUCUCCAAAGAUUUUCUUUUAAACGAUUAUUAUCAACACAAAUAAGCCCGCAAGUUUUAAAUGAUUUCGAAGAAGAUUUUAAUAAACACCAUAUUCCAACGAGUACGUUUCAAAAGCUUGCGUUAGGAAUAGGCUCGGCUGCUGUAUGUAUAAUGAAUCCGCGAAGACCGGAAAUGAUUGCAUGUAUGGGAGAAUCAACAGGUUAUAUGGCGAUGAAAUACAUGCUCGACGAGAUGGAAAAAUCAACGGAAGGAUCGGAAAUUUUAAGAAAUCGACCGAGAAUCAAUUCAAAAACUGUCGAUUUAGAUAAAUUAAAAGGAUACCCAGAGGGAACGCUGGGUCGUGUUUACGUCGAUUUUUUAAAAAAGAACAACGUAACGCCGGAUAGUCGCGGUCCCGUUCAAUUUGUAGAAGAUAUUAAUUUGGCUUACGUCAUGCAAAGAUAUAGGGAGGUUCAUGACUUGGUUCAUACUAUUCUAGAAAUGCCCACUAACAUGAUAGGUGAAAUAACAGUGAAAUGGGUCGAAGGAAUCCAAACUAAAUUACCUAUGUGUGUAACUGGAGCCGUUUUUGGUCCAUUGAGGCUAAAACCAAAGAACCGGGAAACUUAUAAAAAGUAUUACUUACCUUGGGCGAUUCGAACUGGAAACGAAGCCAAUUUAUUAUUUAACGUUUAUUACGAAAAAAGAUGGGAUCAACCGCUUUAUGAACUUCAUAAAGAACUCAACAUAAACCCUUUAAUUAUUAAAACGGAAAAUUAAUUCAAAAAUUAAUAUAGCUGAUUUAGUCAAUGUAAUCAUUUUAAUCGUUAAAUCUUCUUAUUGGCCGUGGUUGCCAUCGUUGAAGAUAAGGAGUUGCUAAAAAAAUAAAUUAUUAAUUAUUUAAAUAGUUUUAUAAGUUUGUUAUAACUAGAUUCAAUUGGAUAAUUAUAAGUACAGUGAAAUUCCCUAAACUCGAACUUCUAUAUCUCGACUUAUUCUCUAAGCAAGGACGAUUGCACAGCUUCAGGACCCAUUCGUGACGUCACGCAUGAGUAGGUAACUACUAUUUCACAUUUUGAAUUAGCAAAUGCUAAUUUUUGCUAAACUUAGACUAGAACUAGAAGUAUUCGUGUUUAGCCGUGCGUCUUUUAAGUCUCUCUAGUUUUUGUUUACUUGAGAUAUUAGAAUUGUUAUUAUUGCCUGUCAACAACAGCUACUCAACAAAAGAUUGACUUGUAUCGAAUAAAUUUACUUUAGCAGUAAAUUUAUUAUUAAUAUAUUUACGAAAAAAAGUCUAAGAGCAUACAGCAAUCACAAAGAACACAACAACAGCUGACUGAGCGUAGUGUGAAACGUUGUGUGAUGUAUUGGCCCGAUACUGACGUCAUUUUCUGGAUUACAAAAUCUAGCUCUUAGCCAAUGAGAGCGCUUAAAACUGCUGUAAUCAUGGCGACUAUCCACUUGAUAGUUUAUCAGGAGGAUGGUAAAAAUAGACCUAAUUUAAAUAAUUUAAUAAUAUUGUGUUUUCAUCUCUCUAUGUCGAAUUUCUCUUUAACUCGAAUUGAUCUAUGGCAUUUCUUCAACUUUAGCUUGUAUAAGUCGAAUUUCCGAAAGAAUAAAAUAUUCGUAUCUGUUUUGUAAA